UCUUGGAAACGUUGGUGUAUUGUAAAAUGAGUCAGAUUGAAGAUCGUCACAUCAUUAGCGAGUAUAAUGGACUGUAUUUUUGUGACACGUUUAUUGCGAGAGAACUAGUAGUACUUAUUCUUACGCAAGUGGAUUAUAAAGGAGUUAUUGCCAAUUGUCGACUUGUUUGUAAACAGUGGAACUCCAUAAUUACAGACCAGUUGUUUUGGAAGCAUAAAACUGUAUCAGAAAAAAGAAAAUGGCCUAGUCUCCCCCGUGAUUGCAAUUUUCCCGGGAUCUUCUAUGCUAGUAUUUAUAUUUAUGAUGCUGUUGGUAGAAAUUUAAUUCAGAAUCCUAAUGGCAAAUAUAGGUUACAACAUUGGACAGUUCUUAGCAAAGCAGGAGAUGGAUUUGCAUUCGAGCAGCCUCCUGUUGGCUCUGACGUUGUACCUUUGGAAGCUGAAAAUGAUUGCAAGCUAGUUGAAAAUGCUUGUUUCGCAACAUCAUACCACUCUUGCUCUAAGGAACAAAUAAUUGAUUUGUCAGUGUUGGGUUUCUCUCUAGAUGUCUUUAAACAAUGCAAACCAAAAAUUUACUUUAAAGACUGGUAUGCUGGUCGCUUUGACUGUGGAUGUGUUUAUGAAUGCACAUUCUCACUGCUAGAUGAAGCUAAAAAUGUGAUAGAUGAUUUCCAAUUUCGUACCAGUAUCAACCAGUGGGAAGGUAGAAAAUGGCACAAGGUGGAACAUUGCUUUAAAGAAUACCCGGAAAACGUACGCUAUGUAAAAUUUUAUCAUGGGGGAACAGAUCGUAAAUUCUGGGCCGGUCAUUAUGGAGUGAAAAUGACUGGGGCCUCCGUCAUCGUUAGCUUUAUUUGAUGGUGUACCCUGUCCCUGUAUUAUAUAAUUUCCGUAUCUGAACCAAACAUACAAUUCACAGUUCCUUGUAAUGAGCCAAGUAUCCACU